AUGCGGCGUCCCCCCAGGCUCGUUCCGCGCGCCAGGGGUGGGGGUCAGCGCCGAUCAAAACAAUCCGCGCGGACGUCCGCGAAAGUUUCUGUUUACGCCGUUUUUUUUUCUGACGAUGCUGCCGCCGCCCCUGGCGGGCUUGGCGCAGCACCCGCCCCCGAGGGGGUGCGCUUCUGCGUCCUGCGGGCAGGCGAGGUCCUCUACAUCGGCGAGGGCGCGGAUCACGCAUCCUGCAGCCUGGAGCCCUUCUCGCUGGGCGUGGGGGCCCAGGGGCACACUGAGUCCUGGCCGCACCUCCUGCGUGCCGCCAACCGCGGCGACCUCGCGGCGGUGAAGCAGGCGACGGCGCGCGCGGGCGCGGGCGAGCUGCGCCGCGCGCUGCGCCAGACCACCGAGGGCUACGCCCACACCCCCCUGCACCGUGCAGCGCUGCACGGGCACGCCGACGUGGUGGACCACCUCCUCAGCGCUGGCGCGGACCCUGAUGCGCCCGACGCGGAGGGCCUCGCCCCGAUCUUCCUGGCGGCCUUCAGCGGCCACCUGCCUGCGACCGAAGCGCUGGCCGCGCGCGGACGCGGCGCGGCCCUGCGUGACCCCAAGGGCGCCGGGCCGCUGCAGUGGGCCGCCACGCAGGGGCACGAGGCGCUCGUGGCGCGGCUCGUCGAGGGGCUGGGGGCGGACGCCCGAGGCCGCGACUCCCUCGGCGGCGGCAGCGUCUCCGCGGCCGCCACCAUGGGCCACGUGGCCGUCAUGGAGCAGCUGCAGCGGGAGGGCGCCGACCUCGAGGAGCAGGACCGGGAGGGCAUGCGCCCGCUGCACUGGGCGGCCGCGCACGGCCACCGCGGGGCGGUGGAGUGGCUGCUGCGCCGGCGCGCG